AUGUCGAAAGCAGGAACUGAAACAGUAAAGGUCAUGGUUAGAAUUUGUAUAACGAAGCCAGAUGAGGCUUAAAAUGCUAAAGUUUUCUCUUACGAUUCAGUGUACGAUGUAGAUUCCCUUCAAUAGAAUGUUUAUGACGAAAGUGCCUUUCCAUUAGUUGAAUCAGUUAUUGAGGGCUAUAAUGGUACAAUAUUCGCAUAUGGGUAAACUGGUUGUGGUAAAACACACACAAUGCUUGGUUAUCCAGAUAUUCCUGAUUUGAGAGGUAUAAUUCCGAACUGUUUCAAUCACAUUUUCGGAUUUAUUGAUAGCAAUACUGAAGGGACUAAGUUCUUGGUUAGAUGUUCCUAUCUUGAAAUCUACAACGAAGAAAUUCAUGACUUACUUGUAGAUAACGGAAGAGGAAAAGAACCUUAAAAACUUGAAUUGAAAGAAGAUCCUAACAGGGGACUUUUUGUUAAAGAUCUUAAUUGUCUCAUUGUUAAAACUAUUCCAGAAAUGGAAAAAGCUAUGAACUUCGGAACUGGUAAUAGAAAAGUUGCUGCAACAAAUAUGAAUGAUACUUCGUCCAGAAGUCACUCUAUAUUCACAGUUUAUAUUGAAACUGCUAGAUAAGUCAAUGGUGAACAAAGAAUCAAAGCUGGAAAAUUGAACUUGGUCGAUUUAGCGGGUUCAGAAAGGCCAAGUAAAACUGGAGCUGGUGGUCAAACAUUAAAAGAAGGUAUUAAAAUUAACUUGUCUUUAACUGCUCUUGGUAACGUUAUCGGUGCCUUGGUAGAUGGAAAAUCUGCCCAUAUUCCCUAUAGGGAUUCAAAAUUGACCAGAUUACUUCAGGACUCAUUAGGAGGUAACACAAAGACAGUUAUGAUUGCAGCUGUAUCGCCAGCAGAUUAUAACUAUGAGGAAACUUUAUCGACUUUAAGAUAUGCUUCAAGAGCUAAAGCAAUAAAGAAUAAGCCUAAAGUAAAUGAGGAUCCAAAAGAUGCCUUAUUAAAAGAGUAUGAACUGGAGAUUAAAAAGCUUAGAGAAAUGCUGCAACAGUUAAAUCAAGGUGGCUAAGUGAAUGUAGUCAAAGAGAUUCAAAGUUUUAAGCAGUAGAUUUAGGAAGAUCAUAUCAAGAUGGAUGUGGAGAAUUUGGAAAUAUCCUCAGAUAAAAAUAAAAAUAGCUCUUUGCCUAAGGAGGAAACAAUUGAGGAUCUCAUAGCUAAACUGGAAUCUAAAGGUAAGAAAGUUGUUAUCAGAGAUGAGAAUGAUAACAUCAUCGAGGAAUAACCAUCAGAAAUUUAAAUAAAUACAAUCUAAAGCAUGAUAGACUCUAAUCAGUAAAUCUAGACUGUUACUGAAGAGUAGUCGACUAAGGCUAGCAUUAAAAGUAAAGAUUCAGCAAUCAUCAAGCAACAAGAGCUGUUAGAGGCCCAAAAUAAAGAGUAGCAAGAAAAGAUUUAAAAUGAACUGGUGAAAAAACAAUAAGAUUUAGAAUCAGAAAGAUAGGAAAAAGAACAGCUUGCUAGGUUGAUCUAGGAAUUAGAAAAAAAAUUAGUAGUUGGUGGAUAAACAUUAGAAGAAAAAGAACGUGAAUAAGUUAAAAAACAAAGAGAAAUUUAGUUGUAAUUAAGACAAGAAAAGAAAAAGUAAAAGCAGCUCUUAGAAGAUAAGCGUAAGAAAGAUGAAGAAAUGCUCUUAGUUGAAAGGAAUUACAAAAAUCUCCAGGAGGAAGUAGAUGACAUGCGUGAGAUUAUUAAGAAGUUAAGAGAUAAGUACAAAUCUGCUUAGUAGGAGAUUUAGGACUUACAAUAAGAAACAUAGUUCAAUAAAGAAGACCUCUUAGACACAAUUAGGUAGUAAGAUAAAGAUGUGAAAUUUGCUAACAAAAUUAUGCAAAUUUUAUUGAGUGAGAAUGAGUCGUAUAAGAUAAAGCAAAGAUCAUAAUGGGAUGAGAAUAAACAAGACUGGAAAGUACCUUUGUUCUUCUUAGUCCCUUACUAGAAAGAUGUCUAAUUUCCAAAUAUAAAUGCCUAAUCAAGAGUUAAUCAAGCAAAGGAUGAUAGAGAUAUUCAGUUUGAAGAUGAGACAGAUAAAAUGUUAUAAACAUAAUCUAAAUUACACUAAUUGAACAAUGGAAAGAAAAUUGGGCCUUAAAAGAACAAUAACUCUGGUCUAGAUUAAUAUAUGCAAGCACAUUCUGGUAACAUAACAAGAUCAUUGGAUGGAAGUGAAUAAUUAGAAGAGGACGAUUAAGAUUAAGUCAAUAACUCUAUGAUUCCAAACAAAAAGAAACCUUUCAAUCCCCAGAAUUAUUAGCCUAAAAACAUAAAAGCAGGUUCUAAUGUUAACUCGAAUGGAAACAUUUCAAAUGAAAUACCAGAUCGCCAUAUUACAACUAACGAUGAAUAGGAGGAAGAUGAUACUUAGAAGAAGAAUCGUCUAAAUGUGCACUUGUAGCCAAUUCAGCCAUAGCAAAUGCAAAAUAGAAAUCUCUCCAUGCCUCAUCAAAACAAUAUGAAGGUCGACCAUGAUUAACAUCCCUUGAACUUUGCACCAUCUUAAAAAACGAAGCCAAAACUAGACACUAUAGAUCACUAAAACUUUAAAAUAAAUCAAAAUACAGUACUGCAAAUGGAGUAAAAUGGCAUAAACACCUUAAUAGCUAACCUACCUUCUCCUAACCACGCCAUGUAGAAAAAGAAUAAACUAGAGCCACUUUAAAAGCAGUGA